CAUGCGUGUUUGAAAGAAAUAUGUCUGCUUGCAUUAAUACAAUGUUAAAACAGUUUGCUGUAAUAUUUAGGUGUAAAUAAACACGGAUAUAAUGUCAGCAACUCCCCCAGUCCUUACACGGGCUAUUUCUAGGCCCACGGGGCAAGAGUUUGUCCAUGAUUCACCCGAAGGAGCUGAGUGCUUAGUGGCAAUUGACUUUGAUGUUUCCUAUGAAACUGUACAUCGUUGGACAAAAAUGCCAGACUGUGAUGAAUUUGUGGGUGCCAGGCGAAACAAACAUACAGUUGUUGCCUAUAAAGAUGCAAUUUAUGUAUUUGGUGGAGAUAAUGGGAAACAAAUGUUGAAUGAUGUUCUCCGCUUUGACAUCAAAGAAGAAUCAUGGGGUCGGGCCUUUACAACCGGAACCCCUCCUGCUCCUCGAUAUCAUCACUCUGCUGUAAUGCAUAAGGGCAGAAUGUUCAUCUUUGGUGGAUACACUGGAGAUAUUUAUUCUAAUUCUAAUCUACGAAACAAAAAUGACCUGUACGAGUACAAGUUAUCCAAUGGGCAGUGGGUUGAGUGGAAGUUUGAAGGAAAACAACCUCCUGCUCGCUCAGCUCAUGGGGCAGCUGUCUAUGAUGACAAGCUCUGGAUCUUUGCUGGGUAUGAUGGCAAUGCGAGACUAAAUGAUAUGUGGUGUGUGUCAUUGAAUGGAGGUGCCAAGGAAUGGGAAGAGGUCCAGCAAAGUGGUGAUCAUCCCCCAACAUGCUGUAAUUUCCCAGUUGCUGUGUCAGGGGAUUCUAUGUAUGUUUUUUCAGGGCAGAGUGGAGCCAAGAUUACAAACAGUCUCUACCAGUUCUACUUCAAAGAGCGAAGAUGGAGAAAAAUACCUUCAGAUCAUAUUCUGAAGGGGUCACCAGCAGCACCACAACGUCGCUAUGGACACAUCAUGGUGGCCCAUGAUCGGCACUUGUAUGUGUUUGGUGGCGCAGCCGAUAACACACAGCCCAGUGAAUUAUCAUGUUAUGACAUGGAUUCUGAAACGUGGGAGGUUAUUACUCCUUCAUCUGACAGUCAGAAGCCGAGCGGUCGUGUAUUUCAUGCUGCUAGUGUCAUCUGUAAUGCUUCCUACGUAUUUGGAGGCACCGUAGAUAACAACGUGAGGAGCGCUGAGAUGUACAGGUUUCAGUUUGCCUCAAGGCCAAGAUGUACAUUAAAAGAUGACUUUGGAAAGUUGUUGCUAAGCCAGCAAUUCACAGAUAUUGAAUUCAUAGUUGGUGAAGAAGCUGUUUCUUGCCCGAGUCACGCUGCUAUUAUUGCCGGUCGUUGCCGGUACCUGAAGAAUAAAAUGGAACAGGCCAGGGAUAUUCAGAAUCAGCAGGCAGAAAAAGCUUCAGAUGAUGAAGCUGCCGGAGGUGAGGAGAAACAAGAGGCUAGUGGGGGGAAGAAGGUGUCCAAGAAGCUUCUGCAAGUGUUCAUACCAAAUGCUAAGCCUGAGGCUUUCAAGUUAAUUCUGUGGUUUAUUUAUACUGACAAAGUAGACCGCAAGCCUGAAGGAUUUGAAGAUAAACCCACAUUGUUUGUCCUGCUUAUCAUGGAUGUAUAUAAGUUAGCUUUAGAGUUCAGUCUACCGAGACUGGAGCAGAUGUGUGUUCAGUACCUGGAGGUAUCAAUAGGCCUGGAUAAUGUCCUGUCUGUUCUUCAGUAUUCCCAUGAGCUUCAGUUGGACUAUAUCAAAGAAUUUUGUUUAUUUUUCGUGACUAAAGAGAGCAAUUACAAUUCGAUUGUAAUGAGUAAUGAGUUUGAGCAGCUGUCUCAGCCAAUAAUGGUUCUAGUUGUGAGGAGGAAACAACAGUCACUUACCAAAAGAAUCUUAGAAAAACAGGAGUUUGACAACAACAGUAUGACCACUCUAGCCCAGGAUAUGAUGACUUUCAUGAAGAGUAUGACAGGUAAAGAAUAUUGUGACAUUACCCUGAUGCUGGAUGAUAACACCGCUUUCAAGGCCCAUAAGGCAAUCCUAGCAGCGAGGAGUAGCUACUUUGAGGCAAUGUUCAGAUCAUUCAUGCCAGAAGAUGGUAAAGUCAAGAUGACGAUAGGCGAGACAACACCCACACCACAGGCACUGGAGUCCCUUCUUGAUUACAUCUAUCAUGGCUGUGUCACCAUGCCUCCAGAAAACUCAUUAUAUUUAUUUUCAGCACCGUAUUACUUUGGAUUUACUAACACACGUCUACAGGCAUUCUGCAAGGAGAAUCUGGAGAUGAACAUCUCCGAGUUGAAUGUGGUACAGAUUCUGGAAGCCGCAGACAAAAUCGGGGCUAAAGAUAUGAAGGAUCACGCCCUCAAACUUAUUGUGAGAAACUUUACAAAGGUUGCUAAGUCUCCAAGAAUGAAAGACCUCAACCGGGCUUUGUUACUGGACAUUAUUGACUCUUUAGCCAAACACAUGGACAUGAUGAAACAGAGUAAAAAGAGUGGACACGAGGGAUUCAGCUGGGACAGUGGACGCAGUGACCGCUAUGGCAGCUUCCAGGAUUACUAACUAUAAGGACAAGUUGUAGUAGUUAACUUAUGAAGUGUAAUGUAUGAAAAAAAUUAGUUGGUGCUUUUAAAUAUUUACCCCUUUUUAUCCUCCAUCCUUUUCCCACUUCCACAUGGAGGAACUCCCUCUAAUUUAUUUGUCUACUUGUUUUUGUAUGAAAUCAAAUAGUAUGAAAUAUGUGCAAUGUUUUUUUAUAUAUUCAUUUUAAGCUUAUUUUCAACAUUUUUGUAAUAUUGCAAUUGUGACAAGUACAGUAAUAAUUCCUACACUUGACCAAAAAGAGGGCUGGAUUUAUUGAUUUAACAAUCAUCUUAGUGCAAAUAGAGACAAAAAGAACAAUUAUAUAAUGCCGUAGAUGAAGGGCAUUCUACAUAUGAGAAUGUAAUAGAUGUAAGAGAUAUAAUAAUAAUGAAAACACAUAAAUUGAUUUCUAUGUUUUGAGAAAAUAGCCACAAUUCUGAAAGUUGUUUUGGAUUUAAGCUGUUUUAUAUUAAAUAUUUCUUUUAGUAAAUUGAUUAACAAAUUAGCUAAUUGAUUGACUGAAUAUUUAAUUAGUAUAUUGCAGGUCUGUAAAGAAAAUUGUUUUUUUUUUUUAUUUGGGAUAUGAAAUAUACCCAAAAUUUUAGCUGUAAAAUAAAGUUUUUUUUCUAUGCAACAAUGCCCUGUCAAACUAAUGAGUAAAAAAAUACAAUGUUAUGUUCAACAUUGAUAAUGGUAUAGAGUGAUUGGCAGUGUAUUGUAACGGUUUUGCUAAGUUCUUACCAUCUCUCGUUAUGUUUAUGAUUAAACUGAUAUUGGUUUAAUUGGUAUUGCAUUUUAGCUGAUUGCAUUAAGAAUCUUAAUUGAUGUCUCUUUGUGUUUAUGUUACAAAACAUGAAAAAAUCAAGGGGUAUAGAAAUGCAAGAGGUCUGACUUGGGGUUUCGUUGAAACGCAAUCCUAUCUCAAAAAAGUACUAUCACAAACUGGAGAGUGUCCUUCAAAAGAAAAAAGUGUUCGUAAAUAGGGCGCCACCAAUCUUGUCUUAGUACCUUUUAAAACAUUUCAUUGCAUGCAUCCAAAAUCAGGCCAGUCGGACCUCUUGCAAUUGUAUACUCUUUUAUUAAACUAACAAUGGUUUAAUUGGUAUUGGACCGUCAGUGAUUGGUUCAAAUUUUAAUUAGUGUCCAUGUUUACAUUCCAAUGGAUGAUUAAUUGAUAGUUGUUCAAUUGGUUGAUUCUUAAUCAGUUUAAAAUCAGUUUAUUUAAUUGGUAUUACAUUUUAGCUGAAAUGUAUGUGUUGUUCUUUUCUGAAUGUAUUGAAUAAUUCAAUUCAAUUUAUGCCUACCGUAAAUGCUCGAAUAGGCGCCGCGGCUCUUAUAAAAUUUUUGGUGGCUUCAGUGCGGCCCUUAUUGAAGAACAGCACUUAUUUGAGAGCGGCACUUAUAAAAAAAAUAUUGACGUGGCGUUUCCCUUGCCUGUUUCCAUGUUACCUAUUUCACGUUUUCCCGUAGUUCGGUAUGCCUAUCAUCGGUCCCAUCAUCGUAAACAAACGUUUAUAAGAAAUGCUUGUGUCUUCAUUGUGUUAUUUAUUCAUUUUAACACUGUAUUCAUUGAAUUUAAAACCCUGUUUCGUUACACACAGGGUAAUAUUAUAUACUUUAGAUUAAGCGUUGCAGAGCUUAUUCGAGAGCGGCGCUUAACGAAAAAAAUCGUUUUUGAGAGCGGUGCUUAUUCAAGCAUUUAUGGUAUUUAUAUGUUCUGGAAUUACGAUUGCUUACAAUAUAAAUCAAUGGUAUUGACAUGCUUCUGUUUAAAAGAUAUAAAUUGAAUCAUGUAGUUUAAUAUUCAUUGUAUCAACGUUUGACUACUUAUUAGUUUUAGCCGUGUUUUAAAUUUGUACUGUAUUGUCUGGUUGCACCACUACGUAGUGUGUACUACUGUUGGAAACAUAAUAAACCUGAAAUCUGACUAGUUCAAACCCUUUUCUAUAGUACUAUAAUGUGUACUAUAGCUUGGAAUACCGAUAUACAGUUACAGACAUAGCAUAUGGGCACUUUGUACGCUUCUUUGUAUGUACUGGUCCAAAUCAUAUUCUAUGUUUUUUGUUUAGGAUGGAUUUAUUUAGUGUAAAUGCCAAGGAUAACCCAAAAAAGUCUGAAAAACGCUAAUUUACCAGGUUGUCCUGGUGGUGAUUGGGCAGUACACCGGGAGGCAAUCUCCUACUCAUCCGAAGAGUGUACUAUGUUCUUUGACGUUCGUGUGGGCCAUAAUGCACACAGGACCAACGAAAGCCCUCCAGCUGAAAUACAAGGAGAGCAGCGAUGGUGAUUGAACCGGGGAUGAUGAUCGCUACAGUUUAGUGCACACACAGUGGCUGUUCUUUGAGAAAUGAAUUAAUAGUUACAACACAUUUAAGAUAUUUGUUUUAUAAUCAUGAUUUCAGUGAUUAUUUUACCUAAUCUUUAUGAAGGUUGGUGAAUAAAUCCUUAAGCUCAUUUAGAA